GGGGCAUCAAUUAGAGUAACGGAGCGAGGGCGAGCAAGGGCCAACAAACAAACUAAUUUGCUUGGCACACAGGCGUCCUGUGAACAAGACACGACUACAACAUCACCGUGAAUAGACUGACCAUAUCGAGUCACAGAGUGAAAACAACCGGGGUCUAUAGUAAAGCCGCGAGCGAUGGCCGAAGCAGACAGCAGCGACGUCGAGGACGGCGGAAUGGCAACACACGUCCUCCAAGAGUUCUUACUGGGCGACGUGGAGGUGUGCGGGAGAGAGCUGGGCGUUGGGUCCUACUCCUCCGUCCUGGAGAUGAAAUACAAGGGGAUGCGUUGCGCCGGGAAGAAGAUCCACCGAAGCCUCUACGACCAAGGCGCGGCGGUGGGGCCCGAGAUUUUGGAGCGGUACGAGAAAGAGUGCGAGCUGCUGAGCCACCUCCGUCACCCGUGUAUCGUCCAGUUUCUGGGUCUCUACCUGGACGACGGGGAAGACGUGCCUAUACUAAUGAUGGAGUACCUGUCCUGCGCUCUCUCGGAUUGCAUAGAUAUGCACGGGGUCCUGGCCAGCGAAAUAAGCUACACCAUCCUUCACGACGUGGCUCUGGGUCUGCGCUACCUUCACGACCACGCCCCGCCCAUCAUCCACCGUGAUCUAACGGCCAACAACAUCCUCCUGUCUUCGUCCAUGCGGGCGAAGAUCUCCGACCUGGGCAUGGCAAAGAUACUGAACCUGGCCCCCGCGCAGAUGACGCACCGAAUGACAGUCUGCCCCGGCACAAUCAGCUACAUGCCGCCAGAGGCACUAAUAGCUGAGCCUCUCUACGACACAAAACUCGACUGCUUCUCCUAUGGUGUCCUGAUGCUCCACAUGUUUUGUGGAGAGUGGCCAAUCGCACUCGAGUAUCUUCAACCAGACACCACCCACCCCGGUCGCUAUGUCCCUCUCACGGAGAUCGAACGGCGGGAUAAAUACCUCCGAAGCAUUGGCCACACCCACCCGUUAAUGCCGCUAAUCCGGCGCUGCCUUCGUAAUCUCCCUGCCGAGCGUCCGGGGGUCGCCGAAAUCCUCAACGAGCUCAGCACCAUGGUUUCUCGCUAUCCCCCGGUCUUCGGGAACCACGUGGAGAUGCUGGAGCGAAUGCACCACGACGAGGCGGAGAUAGACCAGCUGAGACUGGAGGUGGACCAGCUGCGGAAACUGCUGCAUGAGAAGGAGCACGAGGUCGAGAAUCUGAGGUUCACAACGGCCGGCGAGAUUGAGACACUGCGAGAACAGAUCGUCUGUCUCGAAAACUCGAGGGUGCUUCAGGAAGCUCAGGUGUUGGAGCUGCAGAGCGAGAGCAAGAGGAUGCAGCUGUCGGUGAGAGAGAUGGAGAGGGAGUUGGCGGAGGCCCGGAGCCGCAUCGAGCAGCUGUCGGAAGAGCUGGAGGCCGCGACCAGCUCAGCCCAAGAGCAGGGCCAAGAGUCGCUCACGAGGCUGAGGCGGCUGCAGAACGAACUGACGUCCUCCAGCAAGGAGAGAGAGGCAGUGUUGAAGAAACUUGCCAAAGGCCACCUCGAGGCGACAGUAAAACACGUCUUCAAAAACACGGCGGCCGACGAUCUUGCCAAGAAUUACGACGAGUUUUUUCUCAACAAGGCCGACGAUAUUGCAGACCAGCUCAAGAUGGCGCCUGGAGUCAGCGAUUUCGAUGCUCACCAGAUGGUGUGUGACAUGGUCCAGCAAUCCUACAACCAUUGUAGGACUGUGUUAGCAGGAGGAAGUCAGAGCAGCUCUGGACCGUCUCUUCCUCUAUGAAGGGCACACCAGUCUUGAAGCUCUGAAUGACACACAGGUGGCCUAUGGGUUGCUGCUGAGAGCUGUUCUGAGUCAGAAACCGCCGCGAAUGAAGACCAUAUCCGACCAGGUGUUCAAAAAGCUACAAGAGAAGACGAAAUUCAAGCGGGCGAUGCAGCUGUCCCGCUCGGCGAUGCACCGACACGUGGACCAAGCCUGUCGUCUCACGUGGUCUCUCGUCUCGGUCUCCCCACCUCUCAUCGUCUGUCAGCCACCGGUGUUCAGAGAGGAGUGGCAAGACAGGGAGUACGAGUAUUGGGACAAGGGUCUCAGCAGCUACAGACUGGCCUACACCCGCCCACUGUUGUUUCAGAACUACGAGGGCAGUGUGGGUGUGAAGGGGUGGGUGGGGAACAAGAGAGCAGUGGGCACCUCGCCCAAACUGAGUCGGAUGAAAUCUUCGUCCUGAACGAAUGUUCAAUUUGUAUGUUUUGUUUAUUGUUUGUCUGUUUACCACUAAGAUGCUGCAUUCCCUUUGGAGUCCACAUUCACUUCCUUUAAACCUUCAAACACGCACACACACACACACACAGUGUUGUUUUUUUCCCUGUCAGUUUAUGUAGUUGUAUAUAUACAUCAGCCAAAAUUAUGAUCAUCAAAAUUGCUAUUCCACUAAAAUUGUCUUUAAUAUCUACAAUCUACUCAUUGUCAACUAUUCUAACUAAAGAAGCUCGCUGAAUGAUUAAAUAAACAUAACUCCAUCAUUGUUAUAUAGGUAGUUGAUCUUCUACAACUAGUUGAUAAGGAGUAGGAAUGACAUGAACAUGGUGGCCAGCAGCAGAAUGCCAACGUUCUUGGCUUGAACAGUAGCUGCAGUAGAAUCGGUCACAGAAGACCCCAUCAGAUUAAAUUCCGCAUAUCCAAAGCUGCAGUUGUUUGCUUGGAUGCUGUUCCUUUCUCCCUCUGGAGCUACCCUCUCUGAAGCCGUAGCAGACGCAAACAGCUCGAGACACACUUUCACUCUCUCCUUCCACGCCUCUCCAUUGCAGAGACGCAGAUCUGCGACUCCGAGAAAUCGAUCGGGGCUCGGUACCAGCAUCAACCCUGCUGAGACCCACUGGUGCUCUUUAUCCACUGACAGGGUUAUAGAAACGCUUCCAACCCCACUGAAAAGAAUGUCGCCAAACGACCCAUCUAGAGUGUUUUCUCCAGCCGCUUCUCCUUCUUGUAGGGUGAUGUUAGUGUGACCGUUUUCGGCAAUGGAUCUCACACCGAGGGUAGGGUUGUCCAUGCAGGCAUCCCACAUACGAAACUGCGGGUUGUGUGACAGUGCCACUGGGUUCGUGAAGGCCUGCUGGAAACCAAAGCUGUAGUCGGGAUGGCAAGUUUGAGUCCAGUUGAAGGUAAAGGUGAUGUUGUAGGUGGCAGGAACUGGUGCAGUGCAGCU